AGUUUCAGCACCCAGUCCCCUCCCAGAACAUUACUAAGAUUCAUGCAGAAGAGUGACAGCCAGACACGGGAGAGGAAAAGAAGAGGUUGGUGGCAUUCAGGGUUGCAGAGAGCCGCGAAGUCGCAACUGUCCAGAGCCCUGCCAUGGCUUGUUGGGUCUCAGUCCUUUCCCUGGCUUGCAUGGGGAGUCUUCUUUGCUGCGUCCAGGCCUCCCCAUGCCCUCUGCUGCCCAUGCCAAGCAAAGUAACUGAGUACACCUGCUCCUCCCCAUCUCUUCAGGAGUUCCCAACAGGCUUCUCUGAAGACACUCGGCAGAUCUCCAUCGAGUUCACGAACAUCUCCUGGAUUGACGUGAAUGCUCUUGUGGGCCUUGACAAACUCAUGGAACUUCACCUUUCCAAUAACAAACUGAGAUCUCUUCCCGACGGUCUCUUCCGUGAUCUCCGGAAGUUGGUUGCCUUGGAUCUUACCAACAACCUUCUUGAAGAUCUACCUCCAGGGAUCUUCAGAAACUCUAGUGCCUUGAUGCAACUGGCUCUCCGCGGCAAUCUGUUGGCCACCCUACGUCCAUCAUGGUUUCACCCCUUGGAGCGGCUUGACGCACUUGACCUCUCCAACAACCAGUUAAAGGAUGUGCCCCCCUUUUGCUUCAGCAAGCUGGAAAAUCUGACAUACUUGGACCUCUCCUUCAACUUCCUCCAGACCUUGACUCCACAAAUUUUAGAAGGACUAACCCAUCUAGAGAAGCUGGACCUCGAAGGUAACCAUCUCUGGUCCAUCACGGAUGGGACCUUCCGAGGUGCUCCAAACCUGAAGUUUCUCUUCCUCCAAAACAACACCUUGGCCAGUCUCUCAGCUGAGCUCUUCAAGCCAUUGAACCAUCUGGAAAUGUUGGACGUCUCCAACAAUAAGCUCAAUUCCCUUGAACCUCACUUUUCAAGCCAGGCUACAAAACUUAGUCUUGAUCUAUCAAACAACCCCUGGACAUGUGACUAUCACAUGAGCGCUCUGGUGACCUGGGCAAAGCAAUCCGCAGUUUCUCUAUUUGCUGAGCCACAAACAACCUGUGACAGCCCGAAGGACCUUGAAGGUCAAGUGGUCACCUCUCUCCUCCCCAGCACAUUUGACUCCUGCUAAAUCUUAAAGAUAGAUUGAUCCCUCCUCCCCAACUAGAACAGCAGUGUGAAAUUUUGCAAGUCCCCAACUUUUGAAGGUGGCAUUUGAUGUAAACAAGCUACAAGCAAAUUCAUCUUAAUAGUUAGGUGAGGUCAAAAUUUUACUCUUCCCCCACUUUAUAGAUUUUGGCAGUAACUUGCUUAAGGAUCUUUAGGACAAACUGCAUUUUAAAGUGAAGCAAAAGGAUUUGUCCUUUUGAAAUGUAUGCAUGGAGCUUAGGCCCAUUUCACUGAUAACACAAUAGUCAGUAAGAAGUGUGUUGGGGGAGAGAAUGCAAACUAACAGAAGGCCUUGGAAUCUGCCACAAACUAACAACAGAAAUCAAGUGGCCCCAUCAAGUCUAAAGUUUAUUCCAGUAAUACCUUUUGCAAGGUACCUUCCUCAGAUGCACGUGAAAUGGAAAUUUUAAGUGAACACUUAUAGCUGAAACAAACAAGGGGGAAAGGGGAGAGGAGGAGUGAGGAUUAUGGCAGCAAGAAACCUGUUGUAAAAAUUUUCAAAAUAUUCAUAGCUGUGCUCAAAUUUGGAGGAAUUCGUUCUCAUGGCCCCUUCUUACAUGCCCAGGGUAAUGGCGAUCGCCACUUUGGGGUCAGGAAGCAAUUUUCCCAAGGCCAGUUCAGCAAGGGAUCCUGAUGGUGUUCUGCCAUCUUCUGGGCUUGGAGCAGGGAUCACUGAGGGUAGGGGGGGAGGUAGUUGUGAAUUUCCUGCAUUGUGCAGUGGGGUGGACUAGAUGGCCCUGGAGGUCCCUUCCAACACUAUGAUUCUAUGAAUAGAAUCAGGUACAUGGCAAACUUUUGUCACCCUAAAGAAACACCACUUCUCCUAGUUGGAAAGUAUGUAAAACCAGUGUGGAACAGCCCCCUUUUCCUAAGUAGUGUCCUUUCCCUGGGCAAAUGAUAGCAGCUCCCUUAAGAGAGUCUGGAGUUAGUUCAUCUGCACCCCAUCCUUGGUCACCCCUUAAACAUCAUCCUGGGUUGUGUAUCGGCUCCCAUUACAUCAGUCCCGGGCUCCAUGCUUGGCACACUGCGCUCGUGUUCACGAGAUCUGGCUAUAUUAUUAACGCUAUAUUAAUUGCUUCCACAAUCAGCGUGGGUUGUUUUCCCUUUCUUUAUUUCCCCUGUUUUUAAUUGGGAACAAAAACGACGUUCUCCACCCGUCGCCUCUCGCCUGGAAAUUUAUGGCCCCGCCGUCCUCCCUGUGGAAGUUUUAAAUUAAACCCAAUUGCUUAAAGCUGCCGAGCAACUGGCUGUGAUUUAACAAAGCAAUAAAAAUAAAAUUCAGCAAGCAAAAUCACAUUUGCAAAGCCAAAACGGGUGCCUAGAUUGUUCUUUUUCCCCCUACCCCCCUCCGCCCCCGCUUCUUGCUUUAAAUAAUUAUAAGUGUGGCUAUAAACAGAAAAGAAUAAAAUUAAGCAUUGGGUAGUGUAAAGGGAAAGGGAGAGGGAGAAAGGGGGUCAGGUGGCGAAGAGGGAGCUUUCUUAUUCAGAAAGUGGAAGGUUGAGCAUCACAGGAAUUGGGGUGGGCAACAUCAGGCAACAUCAGGCAACUAACCUGGUUCCCCCUUAAAAAUACCAUGAGAUGACAGUAUCCCACUUGCUACUGCACCAAUGGGCCUGCUCAGGGCUUUUUUUUCUGGGAAAAGAGGUGGUGGAACUCAGGACAGAACAAUGAGGUCACUUUGGGUCAGCUGGAACAAGGGAGGAGUUUUUUAAAGUUUAAACCGCUCUCAGAAAAAUGGACACAUGGCCAGUGGCCCCGCCCCCUGAUCUCCAGAUGGUUUAGUUUGCCCUCCGUGCCACUCAGCGGCAAGGAGGGCAAUCUAAACUCCCCUCUGUCUGGAGCAGGGCCAGUGCCACCGUUGAGGCAGUGAGGUGGGGGCCGUGGGGGCCAUGGGGCUGGAGGGGGUGCCGGAGGGAGUGCUGGGGGUGGAGGUGCGCGUCCCACAACACCACCAGCCAGCCCCACACCGCCACCAGCCAGCCCCACACCACUGGCGCUGGCACCUCCCGCCUGUCCUCGGGCGGGCGCAGCAGCCAUGGGUCAGGGACAACAGGCAGCCAGGGUGGUGUGCAGCACGCAGGCAGCCUCCUCACUCAACCCCAGCCACCUGCCAGCGGCACUGCAUGAUGACGUCAUCACGCAGUCCAGGGCGCACGUGCAUGUGCUCCACAAGGCUAGCCUCCGGCGCCAGAAACCCUGGCACCAGGGCUGGUCUGGAGAUCAGGGGGUGGGGCCACUGGCCAUGUGACCAUUUUCAAGAGCUGCCCGAACUCCGUUCCACUGCAUUCCAGCUGGAAAAAAGCCCUGAGCCUGCUAGAUGGCAGGAUAUGCAGCUUCAGCCCCAAAUGCCCAGCAGUGUCCUCUUUUGGAGAGAAAGAGUGGUUUCUACCCCAGAUUCCAAAUACUAUGAUGGGAAUUCUCUGCUCCCAUCAGUUUCUAUAGCGGUCCAAACGUUUACCCCUCCCAUCCAAAUCACCCAUCACUCUGCAGAUAGGAGGGUUCCAAAUGUCCAGGUGGUGGACAGAGAUCUCCCGGAAUUACAAGUGAUCUUCAGGUAACAGAGUCUCUCUACAUGAGACACCUCAGUGGAGAGGCAGGAAAAUUUCAUUCCAUCGGGGGAACCUUCAUUUGAAGAUUGUUGGAUCCAGUCCAGCGUAUGGAUGCUUGUGUGUAUAUGCUCCAAUCUUAUUUAUUAAUUCAGACAGCCGCUGUGGUGUAGCAGUUAAGAGUGUUGGACUAGGGCCUGAGAAACCCCGGUUCAAAUCCUAACUUGGAGUCUCUCUACACAAGACAUUUUGGCACAUGUUCAUCAAGUGUAGGGAGACACAAUGCUCGCCGGGAAGCGUAGUUUUAAAAGACAGAGCUGGCAGAGAUGGCUCUUCAGAGGGUUUGUUAAUUUCAUCUUGACCUCCCAUAAGGACCUGUCAAUUUCACCUCUGCAGUCUAACAUUGUGUGGGAUUAAAAACAGAGGGCAGCGAGGAAUGGAAAUGGGCCGGAGCUGCCUUCCAAAGCCAAGCUUGGACCUGGAGAUGUUAAAAUAGGCUGAAGUUUCCCUCCUGGCAUUUGGCAGCCCCUUCACCGAGCUCCAGUGUAUAGCACCGCCUUUGCCCUGCUGCGGGCUCUGUCUUUUUAAACUACCCUUCCCGGCUAACAUUGCAUCUCCCGACAUGUGUUCAUCACGUGUCACAUGUCUCAUGUAGAGAGACUCCGAGAUCAGUUCCCCUGGAGAAAAUGGCUGCUUUGGAGGGUGGACUUUAUGUCAUUAUACCCUGCCGAGGUCCUUUCCCUUUUCAAACUCUGCCCUCCUCAGGUUCCAUUCCUCAAAUCUCCAGGAAUUUCCUAACCCGGAACUGGCAACCCUAGCAGUUAGAGAUCAGUCUCCCACACAUCUUCGGUCAAUAGUUCAAGGAGCUGGGCUGCCCCAAACUGCUGACACUUGGCCACUUCUCCUCUUGCUCAGUUAAUGGAUGAGCAUCAAAAUAGCAGAAGAGCCCAGCUGGAUCAGGUUUAAAGGUCCAUUAUUUUCAGUAUGAUCUUUCCAGUAGCAGCCAACCAGAUGCCACAUUGGGAGACCGACAAGCAAAGACAAAAAGCCCCUGUCAGACUCCCCUGCAGCUGGUGAGAGUCUGGGACACUGGUGUCUACCAGCGUUGCUUUUCCACAGCACAACUUUUGUCUCAGUCAUGGGAAGUGUUUUAACUUGGCCUUGGAAGAGAGGAGAAUGACGUGAGCUACUUUGGCCCCCAUUAUGGAGAAACCUGCAGUACAAAUGAAGUAAACAAAUAAAUCUACAACUUGUAAAUGUCCCCUAGAUCUAGACUUAUGGGAGAAAAAGUUCGCUCUCUUCACUCACUUUGCCCUAGGACUAGUUUUAUAAAUUUUCAUCAUGUCCCCUUGUUCCUCACUUGUAUUUUUUUCUAAGCCAAAAGGCUCCCCCCCCCCAAAAUCUUCCACAUUUCCUUGUCACGAUGGUGCUCCAGCUGCCACCUCUUUUUGCAACUCUACAAGACCCAUUUUGAGCCAGCAGUUGCUGGGGGACAGUCCAGCCCAAAGGAAUUCUUAUGUGGGGCUGGUCUCAAGUUCCUGAUGGGCGCUGGGGGAGUUCUCCCCAUCUUUUGGAACAAUCAGCCACUGGUGCGUGGUGGUUUGACUGUCAGGCAUGGAUCUUGGAGGACUGGGUUCGAAUCCCUGCUCUGUCAUAGAACCUCGGGCUGCUCAUACACUCUCAGCCUAACCUACCUCACAGGAUUGUUCUGAGGAUAUAACAGAGAAGAGGACAAUGAUGUGAGCAUCUUUGGGUCCCCAUUCGGGAGAAAGAUGGGGUAUACAUAAAGUAAAUAAAUAAAAUAAUGUCCUUUUGU